UACAUUUCUUCCUUUACGAUAUAGGUAAAAUAGAACCCGAUUACAUAUACAAUUGACCUAUUAUAUCAAAUCUUGUAUUUGAAGGUUUGGAUAGAUUAUUUCAAUGUGCAAAUAUACAAGGGCUCCGAUCUACCGUGGUUUUGGACGAUUGCACAUUGAAUAAAGACAGAAUAAUUUGAUUCAAGUAUAUCUGGAAUGCAUCAGCCAUUGAAAUGUAAUAUCACAAAUACUAUGGACAGUUAUAAUGUAUCCAUGUUGAUUUUGAAAGGUUAUUUUUAACAGACAACUAUCAUGAAUAUAAACCAGAACGCCUUCCUCUUGUGCCCGAUUUGUGAAAAGGAGUAUGAUGACAGACGCGGUGCUCCACGUGUACUACCAUGCCUACACACGUGCUGCUCAACGUGCUUACAAGAUCUGUUAAACGACAACGAACUAUGUUGUCAAGAAUGCCAAACUCGUUUUGACAAAACUUUUGAUGGAGUUGAGGCCUUUCCAUUAGACACUGCCAUAAGAAACUAUUUAGAUUUUAUUAGGGUACAGCUUCGACCUACAGAGGUUCCUUGUACUGACUGUCCAGAUGAAGCAAAUGCGCAUGCAUUUUGUCGGGACUGUUUCCUAUUUAUAUGCCAUGAAUGUACACGUGCUCAUAAAAGAACGCACGUAACAAAGAAACAUAUUUUAGUAUCUAUAGAAGAUAUGCGAGAAUGUGACCUUCGUGAUUUUCACCGAAAAGACACAUGUCAAACAAAGGGACACGAAGAACAGAUAUUUACAUUCUACUGUGAUAAACGAGGCUGCGAUGUACCAAUUUGUACCCUCUGCGCAGUCUCAGACCAUAACCAACAGCACGGUCAUAUCAUUCGUAACUUGAGCGAGGUUUAUGAAGAUAGCAAAUCAACCGUUCAUAACGUUAUCCGAGAAAUAAACAACAGGGGAAAUCCAAUGUCUGAAGCUGUAUCACAAUUCGAAUCUGUAGUGGACGAUUUGACCGAAAAGGAAUCGGAAAUAAACCAUGAAAUUGAUUCCAUAUUUGAUCGAUUUCAAAAACUGUUAGAAGAGCGAAGAGAAAGGCUUCACAGAGAAGUAGAACACCAUUGCCAAUCUAGAAAACGUGAACUAACGGAAAAAGUCUCGGAACUAAAAAGUUACUCAACUAAUGUUAAAACUGCCGUAGAAUUUGCUACCAGAGUCAUGUCGUAUACCACUGCGUCAGAAUUCCUCGUGUUACGUGAUGUGUUACUAAAGAGAAUUUUAGAGUUAAAAAACCACAAGGUCUCCAUUCCAGCAAAAGAUGAUGUGGCACUGAGAUUUUAUCGUGGUGCCUCCGACGAAUCAUUUGCAGAUUUGGUCAAUGCUAUCGGAAAGGUUGUAACAAAGGACUCGUCCAAUUCUCCAGAAACUGUUAACUCAAGCUUCCAAAGUGAAAGCUAUAGAAACUCUAAACGAAGUAGUUUUAGUGAUUUUCAGAUCGAAUUGCAGAAAGAUUUCAACACUUUGAACAGUUUGAAUAAUUCUCCUUCUUUAAAUGAACAACAGGGAUCAAAAUCAUCUGAUUAUCGAAUGCAAAAAACAAGUUACCAGUCAACUAAACAAAGCAUGUCUAAUGGCCCUCAGUUGAUAAAACCUAAUUCACGAAGUGAUGAUUACGAUACCAUUAAACCAAGCAUCCAAACCCAGUAUUACACUCCAAAACAAAACAAACAAUCGGAAUACCGAUACCCAGCUGAGAACGAGAGCGGCGUCGUGCAAGUCGAGUUUAACGGCCAAUCUUUAGAACCAAGAGAUAUACAAACUCCUGACUCGGAAUUUGAGACAGCUCGAAGUGAAUUAAGAGAUGUUGCUAAAAGCAUUAAUGAAUCAAAGUUCAAACCUAUCGUAAAUGGAACGACGGAAUCAACUUCUCCAAGCCAGGAUAAACCCAGCUUUUUCAGUCGGCAUUUAUCAAGUCCUCCGGAAAACUUGCAUGUCAUUUCAUCUGAAACUGCCGAACAAGACACAUUAGCAGACGAUACACAGAGCGAGUCAAUCGUUCACCAGGCGGGACUUACCGACUGUCUUCUGAAGACGAAAGUUGAAAAUGAAAGAAGGCAAACUGCAAGAGAAAGGCGCUCUAACUCUUGUCCCCCUACACGUAGUACCAACAUUCUUAAUAUGCUUAAAACAUGGAAGCUUUGUUUAAAACUCAAAAAGGAGCGAAGCCUUAGUGCCAGGUCAAAAGAGGAAAGUCCGCGUGCUGAAGAGACGAGUUCUGUACAAACCACGGAAACAGCUUUUGUUCCCCAACGUGCUCACAGACCUCCAUCUCAAGACCAAAGUGAAGACGUCGGAGUUUUUGUUCGUAAUGGUAUCGCGGAUGGCCAACCAAGAUCAGGACCCGCCAUUUUCAACGACGUCACAAGUCCAGAUUUUUCAUUUGAUGUUUUGACUGUUCACGAAGAGAGAGAAGUUUCCAUUGACGGAAAGACAUUGCGUAACAGGAAAACUGGAAAUCCGUCCAGUAGCACAGUAGUUGGACCAACUCAACUGAAACAGUACAAAGGAAUUAUUGGGAAUUAUUCCUUCCAGCAACCAGGAAAGUACUACUACGAGGUUGAUGUCACUUUUAAUAUCAUCCAACCACUAGAACAGACUUGGUUAGUUUUUGAGCUGGGCCUUAGCAGAAAAGAGGACAUCGAUAAACAUCACACCGUUGAAAGACACGAGUUUGCACGAUCAUUUUACGUUGCUCGUUAUCCAGAGGAUGGAAAACUGUCACAGGAAUUUUGGCACAACCGUGAUCUAAAGGCUAUCAUUCCUUUGUGUGAUAACAGUCCUGGUCUUACCGUAGAGAUGACAUAUGGUAUGCUUAUAAACACAGCAACUGGAAAAAUUACAAUAGCUGAUGUCAAGAGGGAAAAGAAGUUAUACACGUUUACUGACGUCGAUUUUUCUAAGCCAUUGUUCCCUGUUUUUGGAACUUACAAUUCUGAUCUUGUGAACGUCAUUAUGAGGAUUCGAGCUGGAGCUUCGCUGGUACAGUUUCCUCCGUUUCUUAAAGGUAAUGAAGCAUUAGAUAGUCCAAGAAAGUCGGAUCCAUUUGACUCUGAUCAACGAAUACCUGCAGAGAACGAGAAAGGCAUGAUACAACGUCAGAUCAGCAUGCCAACUAGAAUGGCGGGUGGUCAACAUAAUAUGUUAUCACCUAGAAAUAAUAUGUCAAGGAGCUCUGAAAAUAUAAAUGAAACUUCAUUCGAUAGCGCCCGCAGUGGACUGAGAACAACCACUGCGAAACCUGUCAAAUCUAAAUUUGGAUCUGUGACUAAUGGAAACUGUUCACCAAAAGAAAAACCACCACAAAGUUUCUUCAACAGAACUAGAAGUCCUCCUACAGUAAAGACGCAACCCGUUCCUGGUAAACUCCGAACAUCAGCUUCAACAUCACAGUUAGAUACCUUGUCUAGACCAUUAGGCCUUGGAGACUUUAUGAAGGAACUCGAAAAGAGAGGAAAUUUACCUAAACAGGUUCAAACUGAGAGAAGUCUGAGUCAGACUGGGGAAAAAUCAUUUCAGCCAACUUCUGAAAGAUCAUUUAAACCAAUUACUUCUCCUCUGAACCAAAGACGUUCUUAUGACACUGAUACGGACGACGAUGAAGUAUUUGCGAAAAGUUCCAGCUCGGAGGAGUUGAAAUCAGGACCAGCAACAUUCAAUGACGUGCAAUGUCCAGAUUUUGCCCUUGACGUAGACACUUGUCAUGAAGAAAGGGAGGCUUCUGUAGACGGAAAAAUAUUCAAGAAUCGCAAAACUGGUAAACCAUCAUCUGGCAACCCGAAGAAACAAUUACAACAAUACAAGGGAAUUCUUGGUAAUUUUUCCUUCAAAGAACCCGGCAAAUAUUAUUUUGAAGUGGUUGUUACGUUCAAUAUUAUCCAACCACUCGAGCAAACAUGGCUCGUGUUUGAAAUUGGUCUAUGUAGACGAGAAGAUGUUGAUAAACACCACACUGUAGAACGUCACGAGCAUGCACGAUCUUUUUACGUCGCAAGGUACCCAGAAGAUGGAAAACUAGCGCAAGAAUUUUGGCACAACCGUGAUCUCCUUGCCUAUGUACCCCUAAGCGAAAAUAAAGCAGGAUUGAACGUGGAGGUCACCUAUGGAAUGGUAGUGGACACGAAGAGGAAGAAAUGGAUCAUAGCCGACGUGAAGAAAGAGAAGAAACUGCAUACUUUUUCGGGAUUAAACUUCACCAAACCACUUUUGCCGGUAUUUGGAGCGUACAAUCCAGAUCUCAUCAGUGUUGAAAUGAAGGUUAAGACUGGUGCACAAAUUUCUUCAUAUCCUGCAUUUCUCAAAGGUCUUUAAGAUCGAAUUGAAGAAUAGUCUUGCCAAGUAUUAGUGCCAUUUAAAAAUAGAUUACAAUAAACAUAUACGUAUGUUAAGGUUUUUAGUUGGAAUUUGUCAAUAGAAAUCUAUAAAAUGUAAAUAAUUGUUUUUGUUUUACAAUUUCCAAAUUUUUAAUGCAUCGAAAAUUAUCCAAUACAGUUUUUCCAAUGUAUAAAUAUCUCAUUCUGAGUAAUUAAAUUUAACAAUGGUGUACUUAAUAAUUUGAGUUGGAAAUUGACUGUGUAUAUAUAUAUAUAGAGAAAUUGGCUGUUAUAUUUGCAUUUACUUGUGUUUGUUACUCUUAUAUAUGCAUUUAUUUUUUAUAUAAAUUCAUUGUAAUUUUAGAAUUGCUUAAGUUUGUUUUCCGUCCAUAAUUUUUAUAUACUAGUAGCAAACGAUAAUUUCCUGCUCUGAUAAAAAGACUUUUUUUAAUAUUAUUCAAAGUAGUAGUAUAAAAAUUAGCUUUGCACGGUGAAUACACGCCUUUCAAUCAGACUUAACAUGAGACAAGGGUAAAACAUUAUGAUUUUGAAGUAAAAACACACUUUUUAGUUCAUAAAUCAGCCAAAAGAUAAAGAUUAAUCAUAACAAAAAUUCAAGUAAGAGACUAAUGGGCCUCGGUUCAAAACGAAACGAUUGAUUUUGUUAAACUAUUAUGGUACAUUUUCCUUCUCGAAAUGAUUUUACUUUUAUACGUGUAAAGGAAUUAACU